CCUCCUCCUGUCUUACCCCCCUCUCUCUCUCUCUCUCCUGCUCGCUUUGGAGGAGAACCCAAAAGAAGCAGCUCAAGGCUUCGCGCUGUUCCUUCUGCCGCUGCUCCGGCGCCGCAAGAAGGAUUUCCAAAAGUCAUUUCAAGUGGACUUUUUUGUGAUAUUGGCAGCCAAGUGCAGCUCGGGAUUGCAUUGAGGGAAAAGAAGGAAGGUAAAGCACUCUGACCUGGAAGGGACGUAUUUCUGUGGAGAGAGAAAAGUAAAGAAGGAGGACAGAGAAAAGAGGACACGGAGGAGAGAAAUGGAGAACACGCGUGGUCUCCCAUUUCCAAUAAUGUCUUUUGGGAUGGAUUAGGACUAAAAAGAACAAAAAAGAAAGAGGAGAGAGCUUAAACAUUUCAUUUUGUUUCAUUGACUUCUGUCUAGAUAUGGACUGAUUGCUGUUAUUGAUCAGCUGAUUGAUCGGUUGAUUGGCCGUCGGACCUUAUCACCCGGCAAACUUUGACUUGUGGGGGAUUUAAGAGGAAGAGGGAACCCUGCACUGCAGCUACUCUCUUUUGAGAGGAGAAGAAGAAACGACCUCCAUCCUUUCAUUUAUCUAUCCUUCGUCCGGUCAGUUUGGAGAGCCGAGAAACUGGCUGAAGAAGACACGCGAGCAGCGAGCCAGAGGUAGGAUUAUUUCAGCAAAUGGUAACGCUUUCGUUUGGUCAAGAUUCUGUCACCAGCGCCGCUCGGAUUCAGGACUAGUUAACUCCAAAACACCAGGUGCCAGUGGAGAAUAGAGAGAUGAAGACUUUAUCCCUCCUCUUCCUCGUCCUCCUCCUCCUCGCCUCGGGAGCUUGUGAUGGCGUCAAAUACAUCUCUAAGAGGAACUCAGUGGACGGAUGUAUAGACUGGUCGGUGGAUCUCAAGGAGUACCAUGUUCUGGCUGGUGAGCCUGUUCGGGUGAAAUGUGCCUUGUUCUACAGCUACAUCCGAACCAACUACACCAUGGCCACCAACGCCAAGCUACGCCUCAUCUGGUACAAGAACAAAGGAGAUGCAGAGGAGCCCAUCAUCUUCUCAGGUCACAGACUGAGUAAAGAAGACGACUCCAUCUGGUUUCGAUCUGCUGAACUGGAAGACAAUGGGUUCUACACCUGUGUACUAAGGAACUCGACAUACUGCAUGAAAGUGUCCAUGUCGAUGACCGUGGAGGAGAGUGACGAGGGUAAAUGCUUCAGCAGCAAAAUCCGACAUUUGGAGAAAGCUGAGAUAACCCAUAGCAAAAUGAUCAACUGUCCUGAUAUAGAAGACUAUUUGGCCCCGUACAAGCAGCCACAGAUGACUUGGUAUAAGGAGUGUGAACGGGUUGAAUGGAGAAGCUCCAUCACUGUUAACACUACACACAUCUGGAUUCCUGAGGUGGAGGAAGGUGACGGGGGAAAUUACACUUGUGAGUUACAAUAUGGAUCCAGACUGGUGCGGCGGACAACACAACUCAAAGUUACAGCUCUCCAGACCACUCAGCCUCCCAAGGUUCUUUUCCCCCCGGAAAGACAAGACACAGUGAUAGAAAUCACGCCUGGUAUGCCUCUCAGUCUGGACUGCAAGGCGUUUUUCGGUUACAGUGGAGAAAACAGACGACCUAUUAUCUACUGGAUGAAAGGAGAAAAGUUUGUUGAAGAACUGGCGGGGCACAUUAAAGAAAGUGAAGUCAGGAUUUUGAGGGAGCAUUUAGGGGAGAAGGAGGUGCAGCUAUCCUUAACGUUUGAUGCUGUGGAGGAGGCAGACCUGGCCAACUACACCUGUUAUGUGGAGAACCACAUAGGGAAGCGCAGCGGGAGUGCUAUACUGCAGAAGAAAGAUAUGUAUCGUCUGGAGCUGGCUGGAGGUCUGGGGGUCAUACUGUUGCUGCUGGGAGUCCUCACAGCACUUUAUAAGUGUUACAACCUGGAGAUCAUGCUCUGUUACAGGAGACACUUUGGAAGUGAUGAAACUGAAGAUGAUAAUAAGGAGUAUGAUGCCUAUCUGUCCUACACUAAAGUGGACCUUGACUGUUUGGGCAGCCGGGCGAGCAGUGAUGAGGAAACAUUUGCUUUGGAGAUCUUGCCAGAUGUUUUAGAGAAACAUUAUGGAUACAAGCUGUUUAUACCAGACAGAGAUCUAAUACCCAGCAGUACUUACAUUGAGGACUUGGCUCGUAGCGUGGAGCAGAGCAGACGUUUGAUCAUCGUUUUGACUCCAGAGUUUGUCGCCAAAAGAGGGUGGAGCAUCUUCCAGAUAGAGACACGCCUGCACUCCAUGCUGGUCACUGGGGAGAUCAAGGUGAUCAUGAUAGAGUGUGCAGACCUGAAGAAUGUCAUUAACUACCAAGAGGUGGAGGCACUGAAACAUACAAUCAAGGCUUUAUCUAUCAUCAAGUGGAGGGGUCCUAAGAGCAAUGAGCUGUCAUCUAAGUUUUGGAAACAGGUGGUUUAUGAGAUGCCUGCUAAACGCAGGGAGACGUUGUCCAGACGCCAGGUGAUGGACUCUGGUGAACAAGGCCUCUUUGGUGACCUGCAGACCACCGUCUCCACUAUUGCCAUGACAACCACCUCCGCCUCCUUGGCACCCCCUAAUGAGAGUCGCCAUGGGCAUCAUCAGGUUGCCUUGGCGACAGAGAUCCCUGACUACAACCAGAUGACAUUGCCACUGGGAGGCGGUCACACUGCCACAGCAGCCCAAAUGAGGCAUUUCUGCCGCAGCUACGAGUUCCAGCUUCCCACACAGUCUCCCUCCCUGUCGCCUCCUCUCCCACCUCCCUCCACCGUGCAGUUCUCCACUCUGGGCCCCGGGGGGCGCCACGUCUAUUGCAACAUCCCCAUGACACUGCUGAAUGGACAGGUUUCUCAGAGCAGUACGCUUGGGAAGAAACCAGAACUCCACCUGAACAGCACCUUCGUACCGCUCACCAGCAGAGAACUAAGCUCUGACAUCUGGUAGAGGGACUCCUCAACUGGUGCUGGAUUACAGACCGGUUUAUAAACUGCUUUUACACUGGCUUUGGAAAUGGGGUAGACUGGUUGGUCGACUGGUUCUCAUUGGGGUUUUUGGACUGUGUACAGCCUUAGUUUUUCAGGAGGGACUGCUUGAGGACUGCCCGCAGACUAGUUUUGGGCCACUUCAUCCCACGCUGUGAACAAAGGACUGCUUGAAGACUGAAUAAGCCUUGGAUUCACAAUGGUUGGAUAUACCAGCUUCAGACUGCUUACAGACAGACAGAUUCAGAUUAUAAAACUGAUUGUAUGCUGGUAUUGGACAUACCAACUGGUUACAGACUGAUUCAAACUGCUUUGUAAGCUGUGUAGCCAUGAUCAUUGGAAAGGAGCACUGUUAUACAACAUGACUGGUCAUACACAUUCGAGGGAUGCAGAGGGUUUGUUGACAGUUAUGGACAUGUGGAUGUGAUGAACUGGGAAAGUCAGUGAAAAGGUCCAGGAUACCUAAACAGUGAGGAGGUAUCCACAAACAGGAGUGCACCAUCUGUCGUACAAGCGACCAAAUUGGACCUCGGAGCACAAAAAAAAUCUCGAAUUGCUGUCUGCUCACACACCAGCUGUGUAAUCGGAAACAAGUUGAUUUGUCAGCUGCUUAACUGCUCGGAAGUAUCAGUCGACUGAAAAACAAAAGUAGCGUAAUCUCAGAAAGCCAGUCGGUCUUCUACCUAUCUGAGUUGUCAGUGUAUCCAUCUAUCUGUUGACUAGGUGGCUUGUCAGUAAAUGAGGCAGACUUAAAGCAAUGAUUUUGGAAUACCAGUCCACCUUAAAACAACAAGUCAACCUCUUGAAACAAUUCCUGGCCAGCUAGUGAGCUACCUGGUUUGGUUCUUAGAAGCUAAAAUGGUUGACUUAAAAGAAAUGGAUUCCAGCAAGAUUAUCAAGAUAAGAAGUGUGAAGCGACUGCUAAACCUAUGUACUGAGAAAGUGCAGUUAAAUGGUGUAUACAGAAACAUGUAGCUAGUUGUAAAGACUAGCUGACUAAAGGCUAGUUAUGUCUUGAGGUAAAAGGCACCAAGAGACUGCAAAGCAGCCAGCUCACCUUGUAACCCAGUAAUCAGCAAUUAGUCAAGUCAUCAAGAACUGGCCAAGAGGUGACCUGCCAACUUUUACCAACAAGCUAAAAGCAUAAAGGACUUGGCUUUUUCUAUUUGCAUGACCACCCAUUUAGAUAAAAAAAAUAAUAAUCAAAUAAAUAUAGAUAAAAGAGUAAAUGACACAAUCAUUUCUCUCAGCCUCUUUUAAUAUGGAGGAGAAUAAACGUCUUAUGUUGAUACGGUAUGUUUGUUUUCUGUCUGGCCAUGAAGUAUUGAUAAAAACUGAUAAAGGGAAAAAAGGAGGUGUCCCUCCAAAAACAUUCUCAUUUUCUCUGGUUUAAUUUAAGAAUUCUAUGCUUUUUGAAGGUCGGUGAGCAUUUUCACCAGGCUUUGUUUUUAAUGUUUGUUACAAUAAUCUCUGUACAGCUUCCAUAAAUUAUGCAUAGACCUAUACAUGACGGUGAUUUGUUCCCGAUGAUUUCUGUUAACUCCCACAUUGUGUGUGAGACCCAGAGCCUCUUUUUGCUUUCAUUCUGUUCCUCUUCAUCAGUGGAUGGAUGGAUGGAUGGAUGGAUGGAUGGAUGCUCACGGCAGUACAACCCUGGCAACGGACUGAUGUUUUGAACCUGUCACUCUGGAAUCGAGACCACUACCAGUCAGCCAAAGGGGGCUUCACUGCAUACAGAGCCGGACUCCGAGCCGAACCAGACCACAUUCUUCGUUGUGAGCUUUAAGAAACCAAGAUUAUUACCAUAAUAUUUAAGCAAAGUGAAUAAUGUUUUGACUUUACACAAAGGUACUGUCAUUGUCUUAUUAGAACCAAUGAAUUCUGGAUAUUUGAGAUUGUUUGAUACAAUUAUUAAUUAUUUGAGUUGUUAUAUUCGAUGGCAAUAUACAGUAUAGUGGUUGUCUUUUGAUUUCUGCUCAUUUCUUUGACUAUUCUUUGGAUAUAUUGGUUGAAAUAAUUUAAUUGAGAGCAAAUAAAAAUUAUAUGAGUUGUUUUAUACAUCUUGGAUGCCUGUUGUCUGACGCAACUGUUAUUUCUUCUUUCUUCUACUUCUUCCCCACUUUCCUUUAUCUGACCCAAAUUUCCCUUUCUUGCUGAAGCAGACUCUCUGCAAACUCAUCCUUUCUUCCAACUGUCAUCUCUGUCUGUGUCCUGCC